CGGGGCAGCCUCGUGGCCAGGCAGCCGGUUAGGGAACGGCGCGCGCGCGUCCCGCGAGCCCCCAGCGCGCCCCCGGCGGCCGGGGCCGCAGCGUGCUCGCCCCCGCCGCCAGCUCGCCUCACUUAUGGGUCGGAAGCGCUGCGUGGGGGAGAGUGUUCCAAGAUGGCGGCGGGUUGCUGCGGGGUGAAGAAGCAGAAACUGUCCAGUUCGCCCCCCUCUGGCACGGGUGGCGGUAGCGGCGCCUCCUCCUCCCACUGUAGCGGAGAGAGCCAGUGCCGAGCUGGGGAGCUAGGACUAGGAGGCGCCGGUACUCGGCUCAACGGGCUGGGAGGUCUAACCGGAGGAGGUAGCGGCAGCGGCUGUACCCUCUCUCCCCCCCAGGGCUGCGGUGGCGGCGGCGGGGGGAUCUCCCUGUCUCCACCUCCGAGCUGCGGAGUGGGAACCCUACUUUCCACGCCUGCCGCCACCUCUUCCUCGCCCUCAUCGUCCGCCGCCUCGUCCUCAUCGCCGGGCUCUCGGAAGAUGGUGGUGUCUGCAGAGAUGUGCUGCUUUUGCUUCGAUGUGCUCUACUGUCACCUGUACGGCUACCAGCAGCCCCGGACCCCCCGGUUCACCAAUGAGCCCUACCCACUGUUUGUAACAUGGAAGAUUGGUCGAGACAAAAGAUUGCGUGGAUGCAUAGGUACUUUUUCUGCCAUGAAUUUGCAUUCAGGACUCAGGGAGUACACACUUACCAGUGCCCUUAAAGACAGCCGUUUCCCUCCAAUGACGAGGGAUGAGCUGCCACGGCUUUUCUGCUCAGUGUCUCUGCUCACUAACUUUGAAGAUGUCUGUGAUUAUUUGGAUUGGGAGGUGGGUGUACAUGGCAUUAGAAUAGAAUUCAUCAAUGAAAAAGGAUCAAAACGCACCGCCACCUACCUACCGGAGGUUGCAAAGGAGCAAGGAUGGGACCAUAUUCAGACCAUAGACUCCUUACUGAGGAAAGGAGGAUACAAGGCUCCGAUAACUAAUGAAUUCAGGAAAACCAUAAAACUGACCAGGUACCGUAGUGAAAAGAUGACCUUGAGCUAUGCUGAAUACCUUGCUCAUCGCCAGCAUCAUCACUUCCAAAAUGGUAUUGGGCAUCCCCUUCCACCAUACAACCAUUAUUCCUGACACUGAGCCGCACAGCCAGUCACUGGGCCUCUCUGCAGACCUCUUCCCAGGAGACCCUACACCUUCUUGGUCUAGCUAUCUCUUUUACUGUACCAUUUUAUGAUGAUAGUUUCCGUUGCCGUGGUGAAGCUUUGACAUAGUUAAGAUCAUCAUGGUAACGGAUAGAAAUUGGCAUUUAAGAUCAUGUUUUAUUAUUUCAGAUCAUUGAUUUUUUUUUGCAGCAUAUAUAACUUUUGGGGUUUUCUUUCCUUACAAUAUUAUAUAGACUUUUGCUUUGCUUUCUGAGUCAGGUUUCUGUCCCUGUCUCCCCUCCUCCCUCCCUCCAUCCCUUCCUUCCUUCCUUCCUCCUUUGGACUGUGGAUGGAAGAAAGCAUGCAGUUUUAAGGAUUGUAUUUAGGUUUGUGUUUAGCCUUCCUGAGUUAUAUAGUUAUUUUUUGAUAGCAGAAUUUGGGAAUCAUUCAUAUCAAAUUCAGGUAUUUGUAUAUUACUCUUAAUUUUGUCUAAAUUCACUUUGCUAAGAUAUCUUAGUUUUGGGGUCUUUACUUUGUAGGUAUGUGCUUUUCCCGUGGUUAAAACAUAUGAAUAGUCAAAAUUCAGAGGUCCUUGAUAGGCCUUGUCACAGAGAAUGAAAAAUCCUCUUGGCCUAUUGUGCUGGUUAUCAUAGAAAGGAGAGACUGCCUCAUCACUUUAUAAAACUAUUUUAUGAACUGAAACACUCUUUGAAGACAAUACAAGCUACCAGUCAAAUAGGCUACAGAAAUCAUUUUGAAGGACAGCAAAUAUUAGGAAGUGAGCAGAUAAAGAAUUUAGUGCCUUUGAGAAUACUAUUAAUGGAAUUAAGAGGGGUACGAAAAAGGCAAUUUAGAGAACUAUUCUUGUAAAAGGCUUAUUGUUUCUAUAUGUGAAACAACAGAUUAGACAAAUUCCUUACUCUUAAGUAUUUUUUUAAGAUGGAGAAAAUUAUUUUGAGCAAAUAACCAAAAAGAGACAUUUGUCUAUUUUAUAUUAAUUUAAAUUUGCUAGCUUUAGGUUUCAAUAAAUCAUAAUUGGCCAGAGACAGUUUCAGCUGCCAUCCAAGAAUAUGAUAGAGAUAGUGUAAUACAAUAUAAAUUCAUAUAUGCUGUGAUUUCAGAUAUGUUUAUCAUGGGGAUAAUAUUACUAGUUUCAGAGAUACUAUAAAAUAGUUUGAAUCUCUUUCUGCACUACAGAUUUUUGAUUGAGUCAUGUUUACCAUGUGUUUAGCAUGUUGUGUUAGAGCUGUAAAAAUAGAGUUGGCAUUCAGAUAUGCUAUUGGUAGAGCCCAGCUCAUUGGCAGGGCUAGGCUUCCCAUGGUGCAUCUGAAGAGAACUUAACUGAUGCCAAUAGAGACGGUCUGUAUGUAUUUCCCCGGGAAAAAAUAAUAGAUGAUUAUAGAGAAAGAUGAUUUUUUCAUUGUAUGGUAAUAAAUAUAUAUGCUUGGGGGAAAUGCAUACAUUUUAAAAAGGAGAACAAUAUAUCAAGUGAUGAAUUAAAGUAUGCUACAGAAUGAAUAGUAUAAAACUAAGAAAUGUCACUGAAUAUCAAAUUGAUAUAGCUUAUGUAUAUAGUUGCUGUGACAAGUGACAGAUUGCUAGUUCAGAAUUCAAAAAUUCCUUUCUAGUCUGUGAUAUUGGCUACGCGACCUUCUGCUUGCCACUGGGACAGAGCAGACUGCUACAGCAUUUGAUGCGAGUCCUUAGAUGUUUGUUGGUAUCCCUUCAUCCACAGCAUCCAUUGUUGAAAUAUCUACUUUUCAGUUGUGAUGCCUUAACUAAGAAGCCAAUUGCUAGCCUGAAAUGCGAUCUAGGUAGCCACUUCCAUUGAGCUGAGAGGUGAGUCAGAAAAAGUUCGCUGUUGGAUUUUGGAAAGGGAUUUGAGUCCUGUCAUUUCUGCUUGGGAGUAUUUUGAAGCAGAUUAGUCUUUCAGUUUAAACAAGCAGACAAACAAAAAACAAAUGGCUACUUGAUGGAAACUUUUUGCCCUUAUAGGGAAACUGAGCACAAGUUAAAUGAUAUUAUCUGCUGCAAAAAAAAAAAAAAAAAAAGAAAAAAAAAAAGAAAUAAAGAAAAGAAAAAAAAUACAAAAAAAACACCCAAACUGAAGAUAGACAAAAUAGACCAAUAUUGUUAUGAAAUCCAUCAUGUCCAUCAUCUCAUCAGUUCAACAGGCUCCUCGUCCUGGAUGAGCUUAUGGUUAGACUUUUUUUGUUUUUUUUUUUUUUAAAGAAAAGAUCUAUUACAUGCAUAUAUGUGUGUGUAUGCAUAUACUUACAGAUACAUACAUACAUAUGUGUGUGCUUAUGUAUUUAACGGUGCUAAUCAGUCUUGAGCAGGUCACGUGACUGGUCAUGCGGACUCUAAAAUCAUAUCAGAUUUUUAUAAAUUCUUGAUAUAUGCAGAUGUUAUACAGAUUUUCUUACCAGUGUAAUAAUGUUAUACUGAAGAUAUAACCAUCCUGCAGGCUUCAAAGGACGAGGUCAGCAAUAUUUCCCACCAUGGCUUGGGGAAAAAGGAUAGUUUGUCUCCUUUUGUAUUCAAGUUAAUGCACAGUGCAUUUUUGUCUCUAAGUAGCUGUUGAUUACAAGACUUUGUAGUGUAAAGGGUGUUAUACAAACUGUAAUGGUGUGCUUCAAACAAAUGCUACACCUUUUCACCUUUGUCAUGUAUUACAAAGCUGUUAAAUAUGUGGUUUGAAUUAACUUUGAACAUGUUGAAAUAUGUAGCAUGUGUCUUUAACUCUGCCGAAGAUUCUAAUUGCACAGGUUGUGUUCUAGCCAUUUGUGAUUUAUUUGUUCAGAAACACAAAUGUGAAUUACACUCAGCACCAGAAUAUUGUAUAAGUUCAGUGAUCUUUGAACAGCUCAGAAGUAAUACUUGAACUUCAUUUGAGUAGCACAAAGUUUACAUAGCCCCCUUUAAAUGUUGAUCAGUUCCAUUUAAGUUUUCUGUUUUCAAAUGCAACUGGGUAUUUUUUCCUCUUGGAAAAUAGUACGUAUUUGUAUUUUACUUUGGUAUGUAGCAAAGGCUUCCAUUUCUGGAAGGGUUUUCUUGUUCGUAAACAAGGUCAGCCAGGUACCAGAUUCUAAAAGAACAAUUCCUCCCCAACCCCAGCACACACACAUGCCCUCCCCCCCUCAAGUGGCCUUCUGACUGCACGAGCACGUGCUACUCCCCUCUCCAUCUCCCCCCACCGUGAGAGGUUGGUGACAUUGAUGGAGGAAGUGCAAGGCUUGCCCUUUUCCCCCAGCCCAACUUAAGGCAGUUUUAAGAUUUUUCAGUCCAGAGUAUACAGUCCUGAGGCCCAGCACACCAGAAGUUUGUAUACUGGCCUAUUUUCUUGUCUUCAAAUGUGCAGGAAAUUUGAAACUGUUAUCUGGAAUAGGUUCCAUCUCUUACGUGUGUUAGAUCAAACCAAAGAAGCCCCCAGCCAUGCCCAAAUGCUGCUCCAAAAGCCUGCCUUCCAGUCCUUACAAAAAACUUGCAGGAUUAAAUGUGUUAACUUUUUUAUUUUUGUACAGUUUCUAAGUGAUUUUUGCUAGUGAUGUUAAAUUGAAUUAAGUUUAUUUGAGGGGUGUGAGCACCUCUUCCAUUUAAAUAAACUGGUGACUUUCCUUUUAUUUUUUAAAAGUGGAAACCCAUUGUGUGCCUCUCGAUUUAAGGGUUUCUGAAAACAUUAUUCUAAAGACCAGCAUUGAUUCUUUAUAUACAAAGAUAUGUUUUUCUUGUUUUUUAUUACUGUUUCAGAAGAAAAUGAAUCUUUUAUUUUGCUCUGGACCCAGUAAGUGUGCUGGUACAUAGACGCACUGAGAAAAUAAACUUUUGUAACCACCCUGGACUGCUUUUGUAUAUCAAAGUCGAUUACUUUUAAAAUAUUUGGAACUAGUUUCUAAGUUAUUUUAGUGUUUUAUAUGUUCCCCAAAGUUACUUUGAAUCUGUCACCAGCAUAAUGAGUUUUUGGUGAUCCAAUGGUGAGACUUGUAAUGAGCAAAAAGCUACCUGGAGUAGCUCUUCUUUUCCUUCUUUCUUAGUAACCUGUUUUUGAUUACAGUAAAAUAUCACGGAUUACCUGAAACCCCUUCCAGUAUCACUAGCUCCUUUUUCCUUCCACGUUGAAUUGCUUAAAUAGUUUGAAGAAACUAUUGGACAUGGGCAUUUUAUAUGACAUGUAUGGCUUUAAAAUAUUAGAAAAUGAACAAAAAGAGUAAAAGAAGGUUUAUUUGGGUCUGUAAGGUAUGGCUGUGGAAAGAUAUUGUAGUAGUUUUGACACUAUUGUUAUUACCUUUAAAAUCAUUUACCCAAUAAAAUGUUAAAACUGA